AUGCGGCAGCUUGCACUUUCCUCACGCCUCAUGUACACGCGCCCCCUGCCGAUUUCUCGUCUCAUGGGCGCACUUGCCGAUCGCGCCCAGCUGAACACGAUGCAGUACGGCAAACGCCCCUAUGGCGUUGGGUUUCUCGUCAUUGGCACCGACGAUACUGGUCCACAUUUGUAUGAGUUCAACCCGACAGGCAAUUGCUUCGAGUACUAUGCAAUGAGCAUUGGCGCGCGCAACCAGAGUGCAAAGACGUAUCUGGAAAGCCACUUUACCGAGUUCACCGAGGCUGAUCUGGACCACCUCAUUCUACAUGGAAUCCGUGCUCUACGGGAGACACUACCGCAAAACAAGCAGCUUGAUCAAGCGUCUGUGACCGUGGCAUACGUUGGCCCUGGUGCCGAUGCUGAUCCUCACUCUUCGUCCUUGCGUGAAGGCCAGAAGUUCACCGUCCUUGAGGGCGACAAACUUGCCACAUGGUUCGAGCGACUUGGACCCAGUGAGCGUCAGCGCGCUGCGGCUGCAGCUGCUGAAGCUUCAGCGGCAGCGGCAACGGAGAACGCCAGCUCUUCUGCGGACAAUGCUGCCGCGUCCACGGAUAACGCUUCUUCGGCCUCUGCCCCUGACCAGAAUACGCAGGCAUCUUCCGACAAUACAGACAACCAGCCUCGGCCAAUGGACGAAAACUAG